UACGUAUUUAAUAUAACUAUCCAACGAGCAUUUCUUCCUACAUGCCGUACCAAAAUUCUAGUAUUUUAAAAAUUAUUACUUCCGCUUGACUACCGUCGAAUCAUGCCUUCUCGAAAACCUUCGGCGUCGGAUACUGCAAGAGUCACGUUCAGAACUGAGCCAUCCACUGGAUCCAUCAGCAGAAGAUCUCUUCGACCCACUAUCGCCCCACCUCCAAGAACGACCUACCAAACUCCAUCAAGUUUAAUACCCAGAACGCCACCAAUUUCAAUCCCAUCCACGAUCCCAGGAGUGCGGUCUCGAGUAGGAUCGACUCGUCGAUUUGAACUGAGUGACCUUUCCACUCGUAGGGCAGUAACACAGAGGGCAACCCUCGUAGCUGCACGGAGGGGGAGAGGAGCUACCGCAACUCCAACGAUAUCCACAACUGGAGAAGAAGGAAUAAGAUUCGAAAAUCUUGACGCAGCCCGCAGAAGUUUUACUUUUGACUCUCCAAAUCACAAUGCAAACGAUCGAUCCAACGAAUUCGAAGGGCCACAAAGAAUUAGUCUGCUGUCCUACACGAACAGUCUUCUUCGACGACAUCGCGACGAGUCUCCAUCCAUGCGAAGAAUUAGUCCUGGAAUGAGGGCGAGCCGGAGCCGCGGAUGCAUUUCCAAUUCCAAUUUAAGUCGGGGAUCAGUCAGCAAAGUUUUGGAAGGAAAGGGGGAUAAAUAUCUGCCAAAGAUAUUCCAAAGUUUCAACUGGGCCGAGUUACUCCCGAUGCGGCGUGUCUGUAAAAAGUGGUUGGAGGUGAUUUCCACAAACCCCGUCGUAUCGGAUCGCUUAGGAGUCAUCGUGAUUACGAGUAACAGCUGGGAAGAUCAGCUUCAAUUGUUCAAUGAGUCUCCAGUUAUUUGGACAAAGUUCAGAAUUGAAGCCAAUCUAUUUAUCGAUUUGAUGGAUUCAAUUCAGCUUCAAUUUUGGAUGAAGCAUGGGUCCAUGAUGAAAUCGUUGGAAAUUAAAAACAAGUCUAUGACGCUUACUGGAUUGGUGGAAGUGUUGUCACGAUGUCCAAACCUGUCACGAUUCCUAGUUCGCUGGACACCGGAAAUGUACCCGUUUAAUGCAGAGUUAAUCAAGAAGUAUUACGGAAUCAAUUUUUACAAUGGUACAUUUGCAAAUAUGAGAGAGAUCAGUGUGGAACGAAGCUGCUACCUUAAUGACAACGCGCUGAUGAGUCUUCUCAAAUGGUGUGGUGGUACUUUGAAAUCGGUUUUAUUGACCUAUCCUCCCGAAGAAGAGCAAGACCCACUCACACGAUUAAAGCCCCGAUGGACUAUCCAGCCCUUGAAGAACUACAUUGACCGAUUUGGCUACACAGGAAAUCUUCAAUACUUGGACUUUUCGUGGAGUAACAUUUCUCCUGCGGAUAUGCAUACGCUCGCCGAUAUUGAUAACUUGUCCAUGUUGAAAGGAAUUUCUUUAAAUCAUUGUAAAGUGGAUGAUAAAUCCAUCUCCUAUUUCCUGGUGAGAAAGGGUGGACGACUAGAAAAGUUGGAAAUUGAAGAUACUCCACUUACCGAUGUAAUCUUUAGGACUUGUGAAAUUAAGCAAGUGUCAGUUCCACGACUCAAGUCCCUCAACAUUUCUGGGCCUCAGGGAGACUACCAAAAUAUAAAUUUUCUCCAUCACCUCCAAUUUUUGGAAGAAUUUAUUGCUCGAAAUACUUCUUGGCUUGAUUACAACAAACUCAUGCCUGCCAUCCAGUCGAGAGGGAAACAUUGCAAUUUGCGAGCUGUCGACAUUUCCGGGACGAUUAAGGUUGACGGAACCAAGCAAAUCGAUUGUAAUAUGAAUCGUGUCUGGUUUACAUACUUGGCAACUACUUUGUCAAAAGUGGUCCGAUUGAACUUGAAUCAAUGGACACAGUUCGGCAAGAACGAUAAUUUUCGAUUGAUUUGUCAAUUAAUGCCACUUCUGGAAGAACUCCGCCUACGAGGAUGGAAAGAUGUGACUGAUUCGGGCGUUACGGGACUUCCUGCGGAAAAGUUGCACAGUCAAAAGAAUAUUUCACUUGGGUCUAAAGAACAAAAGGAGAGGAUUUAUGUUGGCUCACUGACCCGUUUGACUUGCCUCGAUCUGAGUGAAAGCAGUAUCACGGACGCCUCGAUUAAAUAUGGAAUUAACUCCAUCCCGUAUUUGAGAAAAUUUGCGUUCGAUUAUACGCAGAUCAGUGACUUUGGCGCCAGCUCAUUAAUCCACGAUAAUCGAACCAUUGACAAAAUUUCAUUUACCGGCUGCAGCAAAAUGGUUAAUAAAAAACCAAAACUACAGCGCGACGAUGGCCGAAUUAUUCACACCGGAAGCAUUUAAAUUGAAAUGGAGAUAUAUUUAACGGA